AUGGACUCCCUUCAAAAUAAUCAACAACCUGGUCGCACCAACGACCGCCUCGCACUUUAUCAGCAACAAAUCUCCCCUACCCCGCACACCAAAGACUCAGACCCAAUCAAGAAACCAACCAUGGCAACCCGCGAUCCCAUCACCUGCCAUUGCCUCAACACUUUAUCAGGGACACCCGCAGCCGAUCUACCAGUGACCCUGACCCUCCUCUCCAACACGCCAACCGUCCUCAGCGGCACCUCGUUCCGCGCAAUCACGAACGCCGACGGCCGCGUCGCCAACUGGACACCAGUCAACACAGGCUCGCCAUCGGUCCCUGCUAUCUUGGCUGCUCUUCCUGCUGCAGACAGCAUGACCAACUGGUCUGUGUGCUUUGACGUCGGCCCCUGGUACGAUACCCAGGGUAUUGAGAGCUUCUGGCCAGAGGUUGAGGUUAAGUUCACUGUCAAGGGACGUGGCCGCGAGGGUCAGGAGGGCUGGCGCCACUAUCAUGUUCCUGUUCUCCUGGGUCCUUGGAACUACUCGACUUACCGUGGUUCGUGA